AUGAAGAACCGGGACCUGAAAAUGAUUGGAAAAAGAAGAUGUAGUACAGUAGUAGACGAUCAAGAAAAACCCUCACUAUUUCCUCUCUUCCCUGUCUCAGAUUCAUCAUCACUGAAUAACAACACCACUGCCUCUAAUAAUCCUUAUCAAUGGCUUUCAAACAACACUAGUUUCACUACCGAACUUUCGAUAAUUAAUCAAUCUGUAUCUUCUCAAUACGAAAAACUAAGAACAGAAAUUCAAGAAGAUGAAGGUAACCUAAAUGAAGAAGAAGAAGCCAAACCUUCUUUUUCUUCUUCGUAUGCUCUCUUAGAUUCAGCUUCAUCUGAUUCCGACGAGAGAAGGCAUAAGAAAAAAGAUAAGAAGCGCAAGAGGAAGAGGUCGAAAGAAGAAUCUUCGUUGGAAAAAUCUAGAAAGUCUGGUGUUCGUGUUUGGGCUGGUUCUGAUUAUAAACCCUCCAAGGAUUAUUACAUUGAUUCUCGUGGUGAUGUUGAUAAUUUGGCAUUCGGUUCACUUUACAGAAUGGAUGUUGCUCGAUAUAAGCUCAGCAAUCCAGGUGAAUUUUCUGGACAUCGAAAUUUUUACCAAAGAAGGGAUUCACUGUUAAAUGGUGAAGCAGAUGCUGAUUCUUUAGAUGCUAAAUUAAGAUCAAGUGGACGUUAUUGGUCAUCUAAAUACUCAGCUUUAGAACGUCACAAGGACUUCAAACGUAUGAGAAUUGUUGGCACUGCAGAGAUGCCUGAAUUUUCUGAGUUUAUUCCUUUAGGGGAAAAUUCUGAUGAUGGAUCACAAGAAAAGAGUACGAUACUUGAAGAAUCUUGGGAGGAUGAAGUGUUACGACGUACAAAAGAAUUCAAUAAGUUGUCCAGGGAGUCACCCCAUGAUGAAAAAGUUUGGAUAGCUUUUGCAGAGUUUCAGGAUAAGGUUGCUAGUAAGCAACCACACAAAGGUGCUCGUUUGCAGAUACUUGAGAAGAAGAUUAGUAUACUUGAGAAGGCUAUUGAGCUUAAUCCAGAUAACGAAGAUUUAUUGUUGUCACUUAUGAAGGCUUAUCAGAGAAGGGAUAGCAAUGAGGUCCUUACUAAAAGAUGGGAAAAGAUCCUUAUGCAGCAUUCCGGGAGUUACAAGUUAUGGAGAGAGUUUUUGCAUGUUCUUCAGGAGGAUUUCUCCAGAUUCAAGGUUUCCAACAUGAGAAAGAUGUACGGGCAUGCGAUCCAGGCAUUAUCUUCUGCAUGUGCCAAGCUGUGUAGGUUAACUGCUAAACCAUCCUCUGCAGAUCCGGCUAUUAUCCAACUGGAGCUUGGCGUGGUUGAUAUUUUUGUUUGUCUGUGCAGACUAGAGUGGCAGUCUGGCUAUCAAGAGCUAGCAACCGGGUUAUUUCAGGCUGAAAUCGAGUAUAGUUUGUUCUGCCCAUCUUUACUCACUGAGCAAAGCAAGCAAAGACUGUUUGAGCAUUUCUGGGGUGGAAAUGGUGCAAGACUUGGAGAAGAUGGAGCCCUUGGGUGGUCCAUAUUGGAGAAAGAAGAAGAAAAAAGGCAGCAGAUUAUUAAGGAUGAGGAGACUUUAAGAGAAAAUGAAGAAGGUUGUUGGACAGGUUGGUCGGAGCCUCAAUCAGUCAUAAAUGGAAGUAAACAAAAUCUCGAAAAUUUAAAAGAUGGUGAUCUGGGUGAGGAUGACUUUGAGAAAGAUUUUGAGGCUGACACCAGUUUGCAGGAUGAUGAUUUUGAAUGUUUGCUGAAAAAGCUGGGCAUUGAUGCUGAGACUGAUGCUGAUAGCGAUGUUAAGGACACAGCUACAUGGAGUAAAUGGUCACAGGAGGAGCUGGUAAGAGACGGGGAGCAAUGGAUGCCUUCGCGUGAAAAUUCUGUGGGGGCUGCCUCUUGCGAAGAAGGGGAUGAUGAAAUCAUGAGUACUAUAUUGUUUGAAGACGUUAGGGAGUUUCUAUUUUCCUUGUGCUCAGAGGAGGCCCGUUUCUCUUUGGCAUCUCAAUUCAUUGAGUUUUUUGGCGGGAAGAUGUCUCAGUGGACAUGCACCAAUAGUCCAAGUUGGAUCGAGAGCACCCUUAGCUUAGAGACAUUGGCGGAUUCAAUCUUAGAUGAUUUGAGAUGUGUACGUCAAGUGGUGACCAAGACGCAGAGCAGUUCCAGUAAUUCCGCUCUGGAGUGUCUUUUGGAAUAUUCGAAUGAUGAGGUUAAAAGAACUAACAUGAUGAAGUUUCUUCGAAAUGCAAUCUUACUUUGUUUGAAUGUUUUUCCACGUAACUACCUCUUGGAAGAAGCUGCUCUUGUUGCUGAAGAACUAUUUACUACAAAAAUGAAUCCGUGUCCACUGUCUGUUACACCAUCUCGGACGUUAGCUAAGGUUCUUCUGAAAAAUGAUCGGCAGGAUCUAUUAUUAUGUGGAUUGUAUGCGGGACGUGAGGCUGCUUAUGGGAAUAUUGAUCUUGCAAGAAAGGUUUUUGACAUGGCGUUAUCCUCUGUUGAAGGACUUCCCCUGGAUCUUCGGAGGAAUGUGCCUCUCUUGUACUUCUGGUAUGCAGAAAUGGAGCUUGCCAAUUUCUCCAGUGGCUCAGGAACCUGUUCACAACGUGCAGUUCACAUUUUAUCUUGCUUUGGAAGUGGUGUGAAAUACAGUACAUACCAAUGUCAACCAUCACAAGUACAGUUGCUGAAAGCACACCAAGGAUUUAAAGAAUUCAUUAGAACAUUACGACCAAUGUGGGCACGUGGAAAUAUUAAAGAUGAGUCUAUUGCUCAUAUAUGUGCUGCUGCUUUGUUUGAAGAGAUAACUACCGGCUGGGCUGCAGGUAUUGGAGUUAUAGAGGAAGCUUUUUCCAUGGUGCUUCCAGAACGGAGGGGCCAGAGCUUACAGCUCGAAUCUUUGCUCAACUACUAUAUAAAGAUGAUGCAGAAAUACUACAGUCAGUUGAAACUCUCAAAUGUAUGGGAUUCUACUUUACAAGGCUUGCAGAUAUAUCCUUACAAUUCAAAGCUCUUUACAUCUUUGGUAGAGAUUGGUUGUCUUUAUACAGUACCAGUCAAACUCCGGAGAAUGUUUGAUGAAUACUGUCAGAAGAGACCAUCUGUUAUUGCUUGGCUCUUUGCGGUUUCAUAUGAGUUGGACAAAGAAGGUUCUCGGCAUAGAAUCCAUGCACUGUUUGAAAGGGCAUUAGCAAAUGAUAAGUUGGAACACUCGGUAAUAUUGUGGCGGUGCUAUAUUGCUUAUGAGUUGGAUGUCGUGUGUAACCCUUCUGCAGCUAAACGGGUUUUCUUCAGAGCUAUUCAUGCUUGCCCAUGGUCGAAAAAGCUAUGGCUUGAUGGGUUUCUGAAGUUAAACUCCAUCCUAACCGUGAAGGAGCUAUCAGAUCUUCAAGAGGUUAUGCGCGAUAAAGAAAUCCAUUUGAGAACAGACAUCUAUGAGAUCCUCUUACAAGAAAUGCAUGAACGUCGUUAAUCUGUUUUUCUCAUACAGCUGUUGUAAGAUGUGCUCACGUUGGUUGCCGUCCAAAUGUUUUCUUGAUCUAUUUGCCUUUUAGUUGUAUGUAUUGUACUUGUAUUUUCAGGAUCUUAUAAAAAUACCACCCACCCACCCACCCACCCCCACCCCCGGUGGUGGGUGGUAUAAAGUAAGAUUUUGGUUCAGAAUUUUUUUUAUCUUUUUUUGUAACCUUACAGUGUCCUGUCCUCCAGGAUACACAUGCGUGGAGUAUCAGUUAUACCCUCACAGAGCAGUUAGUAACUUGGUAUCGACUAGAGAUACUCCCAUGUUGUCUUCUCAUCUUUCUUUAAUUUUCUUGUAACUUUUUGUUUUUUUGUAUUUAAUGGAUAGGACAGAGAUCUUCUAAACCUUUGGUAUAGGUUCAAAUCCUAUUG